AUGUCCGAUUCUUUAGCAUACGCCAUCGGCUGGAUAUGUACCAGUAGCACAGAAUUCCUCGCGGCCCAGUACUUUCUUGACGAGGUACAUCAGGCGCUCUUCAACAUCUUACCACGAGAUAGCUCUAUUCAUACCUGUGGUCGAAUAGGGGCACAUAAUGUCGUUAUUGCUGCUCCUCCAGGUGAUACGUACGGCCCCAGGUCUACGGUAGUAGAUGCCCGAUGGGCAGAAAGAUGGCUCGAGCAUAUCGACUCUUUGGACCAUGUCGACUUUGAACGUUUACCGCCAAUGACAGAAGACCAACCAUCCAUCCAAGCGCUCAUGGGUCUCUUUGACAAGGAUUCGGCCGAGCAUGGUCCGAUCAACGACGACCAGGGAGACAUGGAUGAUGACGAUAGCCAACUUGAUGAGCACGACAGCACUAUCGAUCUCCACCUUUUCCAGAGUCUGAUUUUUGGUGGUCCAGCGUUUGCGAAGCUUUGCUCUGCCAUCAAAGAGGCAUUGUACAGUUCCGAUCCGCCCCACAUGCGUCACAUCGAGCACUUGAUCCAGGAUUCGUUGAGACACUUGCCGCUGAAAGUUUGCGAGAAUUGUCAGUCUGCAGGAUUGUCUCCAGCUCGGGACUCGGAGGCCAAGCUUUGCGUUGAUCACUCUUAUCCCUACUCUGUUACACUGGAGACUGACUGGAAGGCGCUGUAUUUCCUGCACGCGGAAUUUGAAAAGGAGGUACCCAGCUUGGGUGCGGUGAUCACAUACACGGGCCUGGCAUCCGAAGCCUUUGCCACGACAUGCUCGCAGUACUUGAGCGAAUUUUGGCCGUCUAAUAGCACAGCUCUCCUCGAUGCAUUGGACUCGCUUCUUGUCGGCCGUCAGACAUCCAAGAAUGAGCAAUCGGAUGAGAAUACUGCGUUUCCAGGUGGGUUCUGUUUCUCGUAA